AUGGAUGAUACCAUACCGGUAUUGACUACAAACGAUAUCAAUCAAAUGGAUGAUAACAUACAGGUAUUGACUACAAACGAGAUCCAUCAAAUGGAUGAUGACAUACAGGUAUUGACUACAAACGAUAUCAAUCAAAUGGAUGAUAACUUACAGGUAUUGACUACAAACGAGAUCCAUCAAAUGGAUGAUAACUUACAGGUAUUGACUACAAACGAGAUCAAUCAAAUGGAUGAUAACUUACAGGUAUUGACUACAAACGAGAUCCAUCAAAUGGAUGAUAACAUACCGGUAUUGACUACAAACGAGAUCAAUCAAAUGGAUGAUAACAUACAGGUAUUGACUACAAACGAGAUCCAUCAAAUGGAUUAUAACAUACAGGUAUUGUCAUUGUUUGUUGUUAUAGAAGACUGCAGACAUACUUUAGAUGGCCUGCAACAAAUGAUUUCGACAACACAGGUAGAUAAGUUAUUCUAA